AAGCACGCUGAUAUUACUGGUAAAAGAAACCGGUCUCGUUCCAUGUGAUUUGUAAAGUGAGUCUUGUAAAGUUUAUUUCCGUGACAAGCGCUGUUCAAAGAUGUCUAAACAGAAAUUAAUCGUUUUUGACCUCGAUUACACUCUUUGGCCGUUUUGGGUGGACACUCAUGUCAGAGCACCUUUCCACAUAGAUGACAGCGGCACGGUGAGGGAUUCAAGAUUGGCUAAGGUUCCCAUCUACCGGGAUACUGAGAAGAUCCUUAGUUCACUCCACAGUCAGGGAUUCAAGAUCGGCAUUGCAUCACGAACCAGCGAGGUGGAGGGAGCCAAUCAGCUGCUGUCACUCUAUAACCUCAACCAGUACAUUUCCUUCAAAGAGAUCUACCCUGGUUCAAAGGUCAACCAUUUUAAAAGGCUGAAGUCUGACAGUGGAUUCCAGUUUUCUGAUAUGAUUUUCUUUGAUGAUGAGGACAGGAACAUAGCGGAGGUUGGCAGGAUGGGAGUUCACUGUGUGUUGGUUCAUAAUGAGAUCAAUUGUGAUUUAGUCAACAAAGCACUCGAGGAGUUCAACAAGAAGCUGUGACCACCGUCGCAGAGAUGCAGUCAUUCAGUGUUGCUUAGUUACAGCUUCUGUAAAUGAGGAAGAGUUAAUCCCAUGUACAAAACAAUUAUAUGUAUUCAAUAGUUUGUAACUGUACAGCACUUACUAAUUUCAAAACAAGGUCAAUGUUUUUAGAUGUAAAUGUAUGAGACUUUUAAAGGUAUUUUAUACAAAGAAUACAUGGAAAAGUAUAAAGGUUUUAUAUUUUUUUGCUUUAUAUUGUUUGAUUGUUUAAAACAUGCAUGCUUCCUCCAUUCUCAUGUCAUAACAGUAUAUAAGAUAGGUGUGGUUGAGAUAUAGACCCAUAUUUAACAGUCCUUUUUUACAAUAAAUUGUCCUCCAUGCCCAGUAGGUGGCGUAAUUAAUGAAGAAUGUGAUUCGCCAAAAACAAAAGAAGAACUCUUAGGAGAGAAGAGCGCCAAGUUGGGCUGUUUGAAAGUGGAGAUUUGGAGUAAUUGACUGCUACCGAAAUAGUUGUAUAGACUUCUGCAAGCUUUUUCUCGAUUUUGCACACCUUUGCCUGACCACAGUUCAUAACACAACGCAAGUACACGCUAUAUUCUCAACGUUGCCUCGUGGGGGUGCUAUAGUGGACAUUACUGUGAACUGUCCACUUCAACUGUACAUUUUCUCUUUCAAGUCAUCUACUAUCAUGACGGAGCAACAGUUUGAAGAGAAUAUUGCUGAGCAAGUAAGUUAAAGUCAGUGUAUUUACAGCUACUUACCUGAAUAAUAACACAUCCGAUUUAAUUGCACAAACUUCUAAUGGUAAUCCUAUCGCCCCCUUGAGUUUUAAGGUUUGUUACCGCCACAGUAAUGCAAGAACACACGGCAUGUAUGUCUAACCAGACUGCAAAAAAUAAAAGAAAAUCUUGAGCAAACAGCUUUCCUAAAAGUUGAUGUCCACAUAUGUGGACAGCGGGACUAAGUAGUGCAAUUUAAAAUAAUACGUUAUAGAAAGUCAGAUUAUAAUUAUUAUUUUAAUCAAAUUUCUUAUUAUGUUUCCAGGAGUGCUGGCUAUUCAUGUUUUUGAGAUGUUACAGGCAUUACAGCUGAUUUUCUGUACAGCUGUUUUGGAACAAUGUGCAUUGGGGAAAAGCACAAAUAAAAAACUACAAAUAACAUUUUUUUUUUUUUCUACUUUGGCAACAAAAUCUCAAUGUUUUCUCUUUGCACAGUGAAAAACCAGUG